AUUAUAGUCAUCUAAAUUCAUUUUCCGUACAAUCAUGAACACAUACUUUUUAAUGAAAUUAUUCAUCAUUUUGUAAGGUAUUUAAGAAACUUUAUCACCAAUCUAAUUAAAAUUAGAUCCUUUGAUCUGCUCAUCUAUGAAUGCUAUACAUACCUUAGGGUAUGUGAAGGGAUCCUAGGUGAGCGGAUCAAAGGAUUAAAUUUUAAUUAGAUUGGAGAAAUCACAAAAAAAUAAAAACCUAUUCUUUAUUUUUUUUUUUUGGUCUCUUUGAAAACUGCUCCCUCUGAUUGCUGAUGAUUGUUUACAAAAGAAAAGGGAACUGCAGAAUAGUGUAUAUGAAUUGUGUAAAAAUUUGGAAACUUUUUCAGUGAAUUUUGAUUUCUUUGCCUAUUUGUAUAUUUCUUUCUUUCUAAUAUUUCAUUGACAUAUAGAUCUUCCUGUUCUAUUUCUAAAGACUUGAACAUAAAGUGACAAACAUUUGAAUGAGAAAUUAUACUUGAAACAUAUCUUUUCAACAGGCGGUCCCCCAAUUCAUCAGUAUGGGAAAUAAAUUUUGCCAGUCUGGGGGCUUCCUCAUUAUGCUACUCUGUUUUGUUGAUUUUCAUUUAAAAAACACUAGUCAUCAAUAUGUCACUAAAAAAAGAUAUUUUACUGAUGAAAAGUUUACAUUUGGUAGAGAAACUGCAGGUACAUACAGGCCCUUCUUUCAGUGAAAGUUUCCAACAGAAAUGAAAAGCACUAUAGUCUGUAUAUUGAUUCAGAUUGUUAGAGAUCCAAAACCAUUGAUUAUAUAUAUAACGUAGCACCAUAAAUGAGUCAAUUAACUUCUAUAAUUCAUUGAAAACAACCACUUUUCUGAAUCAUUUUCAUUAACUUAUCAAGAUUCAAAUUUAUAGUAACCUUAAUUUCCACCAUUAUCAGCACAAGAUAUUUGUGACAAAUAUCUCCAGUUUCUGGUCUCAGCUAGUGUCUUAUUUUUUCCUGUACAGCCAUACAUAUAUCAUAUGAUUGUAAAAACACCACACUCCAGGUUUUUGUUCCACUCUUACAAAGGAUUUUGUAAGGAAAUUGAAUGAUGAAAGUUGAUGUUAAAGUUUCAUUAGUCAAAUUUCUGCAAUUGUUGAUCAAAGUUUCAAAAACCAUGAACAGAAUUUAUGUCAGAUGUUUUGUAAAAAUGUUUUAGAUUUCAUAAAAAUUAUAGCAACAAGAGCCCCAUGGGUCCCAUGCAUUAAUUAACACCUCCACAUUGAACAUUAAAAAACCCACAAAAAAUAGAUCAUGCAACACUGUAUCAUCACAAGUCCCAGAAGAAAUCAUAAUAUCGUUUUUGAAAAAAUAAUUUUGAUUAACAUUUCCAUAUCACAAAAGCAUUUAUUUGGCUUUCACUAAUUAACACCAGAAAUUACAUCAGGUUCCACAAAGUUUUGCCAAGGGUAAAAAAAAAAUUCUGAUAUGUUAGAAACAAAGUACAACCAACAGCUGUUCAUUCAACAUGAGAGCAAAGGAUCAUCCACAGGCCCAUUUCAAAAUCUUUCACAACCUCAGUCUGAAACGGCUAACAUCCAUAACAAACUGAUUUUGUAAAUUCAAUCGGAUUUUAUAAAAUUCAACAGGAUUUCAUGUAUUUGAUGGAAUAUUUUCAUAGAAGUAGCACUUAAACAUUGUGCUUUCCUCUUUUUAUUCAGGUGUGCCAAAUGUAGUUGUGAUAUGGCACUGUGUGUGCGUGUGUCUUAUGCUACUUUUUCUUCUUUCCUUUCAUGUCAUGUAUUCAUAUUUAGGUAAUAAUUUUAUCACUAAUUAGGUGUGUCUUAUGCUAUAUUCCCCCUCCCCUCUUCUUUUUAUAUUGUAUGCAUAUUUAGAUAAUAAUUUUAGAUGUUAAUUUUAUGUUUGUGUAAUAUGUUUUAAUGCAGAACCACAAUGGAAACUAGCUAUAUGCUAAUUUGUGUUAUCCUAGAUAAAUAAAGGCUAUAUAUUAUUAUUAUUAUUUCAUAAAAUUCAAUAUGAUCUUAUAAAAUUCAAUAUGAUUUUAUAAAAUUCAGUAUGGGUUGCCAUUAAAUAAAAUCUAACUCUCCUGAACCCACUCUUGCAGACUAGGUUUUCAUGGUUUAAAGUACCUAAAAUCUAUUUCUUUCAUGAUCAGUUAAUGCAACCUAAACCAUUUAGAUUCAGAAUUGUUCUGGAUUGUUAGUGAUGUAUGGAUGGUUUAAAGUUCCCAAACCUGUCACUGAUCAUGUUGAAGCAGCUUAACCCGUUGGUUUAUUGGAAUUUAUCUGGAUCCAAUACUUCAUCCCAAACCCAAGAGUGUGUAAUGAAGUUUUUUCGGAGUAUGAAAUCAAUAUCCACAUGAAAUCUUCGUGGUAUCUUUAAUGUAAUAGACAUGUAUACGAGACAUCUACCACAUAGUCCUAUUCAGAUUCAAUUUAUUUGUUUCUUUGACCAAUCAUGAAACAGUAUUUUGGAAGUACCCCUGAUCAGCAGCAUGUUAUAAUUACAGGUAAGGAAUAAUUCAAUGAUAUGCAUGUGAGUGUACCAAUACUUUUUUGAAUUCAUAAUACAGUUUUGGCAUUCAUCUUACAAAUUUCCAUAAUUGAUCGGGCAAAUAUCUGCUGUAAACUCAUGCCAUAGCUUAAGGCCAAUUGUUGUGGUGUAAUUUGAUUUGACCUGUUGAAUCAGAUGUUAUCUGGUGUUGGUGCAGUUUUGCAUGUUAAUUCUUGAAAAAUACUUGUUUCAUGUUCUGUAAAACAGAAUUAGCCUACUGUAUAGAAUUUCUAUGGGGAACAAUUUCUGUGGAAGCCUUGUAAUAGGGGUGGCUCGCUUUGGAACAGGGAGGUUCUGGGUUGGACGAUGCCCCAGUCAUGCAGCUACAUCAAACCUAACAUUUAAAAUACGCAGUGAAUAAUCCUUCACCAAUCAAUAAGCAUCAAAGGUAAAAGUCACAGGUCUAUCGGACGAGAACUUAAAAACCAAGGUCUCAUGUUAAAGCAGUCUUUGCCAUGAUAACGAACCCUCAUCCCUACCUUAUCAUCAGUGUUGGAUAACAGCUUUUCUGUCACAUGCAUAGUUGCAUUGUACAAUACUCAUGAUUGAUAAAUGAUGAAUCUUACGUCAACUACAGAUAUAUUCUAGAACUAAUGUUCACAUUCCUGUAUGCAUUCUAACUUCAAAAUAAUGUGGCAUUGGAAUUGCUAAAAAGUAUGGUGUUGGUAAUUUACAUCAGUUUCAAGUAUUCACCAUAUAUUUCACUUUAUGUCACAUUUGUGAAUGUUCUAUACUAUUAUGAUACAAAGAAUUCAGGUAUCCUAUAUCCCAUAUCAAUUACACCACGUGUUACUCGCAGCUCAUGCAUCAUAUCAAAUUUCUUCCAAUUCAACACUACACCCAAAUUCUACACUGUCUACAAAAUUUAAAGUCUUGAGACAAACAUGAAAUAGAUGGUUCUCAGACCAAUGGUAGAGUUCAGAAAAUAAGUAAUUUGUUUUGAUCAAACUCUCCCCUAAUUUAAUUUCAAUACUAGAAUUACCAUCCUGACAAAUCCAGUAUUGGUAUCCAUGCAAUUCCAUUUCCAACCUGCUUGGGUCCUACAUGAGGUACUCUAAUUAAGCUCUCUAUCCUCAAAGAAAGCAGUACACGUCAGUUCAUUCAAGCUAUAUAUAGUUACAUAUAGGCAUACACAAAAGACAAUCUUGUCAAAUUCAAAUAACUUCUUUGUGCAUGUAGGCCUUUAGAUUCCAUACGGACGAAACGUACCACACCUCUACCUUUUUGGAACUUUUGCUGUCUAUUAUAAGGGAUAUUGUAUAAAUUCUAAUGCCCUAUUAUUAUACAGAGAAUUGAUUUGUUGUGGCACAUUCUAAAGUCACCAUACAUUGGUUAUAGGGAAAGACAACUCAUCCAAUUUGUACAUAUUUUAACUGAAGUUCUAAGUUCUUUCAUUUACUCCAUAUCAGGUUUACUUACUAUUUCAAUCAUGUAAAAUUUCAAAGUUUGAAAAGUCUAAUUUUACUAAUGAUUUAAAGAAGUAGGAAUGCUCAUGUAAUUGCCAUUCCAUUAUCAAUUUGUUUAUUAGCAACGUACAUAUAUAUGUAAUUUCAAUUAUCUCUCGGGAGGGAAUUUAUUGUUGAGUAAUAUAUCUCAUCAUGAAUAAUACAUUGCACAUACUCGGUGCAGGAAAAAUAAUCAAUUGCUUUCACAGUAAAAAUUUCGUAUCUUCAAAAGUUGAUGUGGCAAUUUUUUAAUCAAACUGCAAUUAUAGGCAACACGUUUAUGAUUAACUUCAAUCAGGCAUUCACAAAAAUAACUCUGCUUAUUCAUUCUCUCUGACUAAAACACUCGCUGCCAGACUUUCAGCAAAGACUAAUACCAGACUCCAUGAUUAGGGGAGAAAAAAACCUGUUUCGUAUUCAGAUGCUCUUUCUAUGAUGCGUAACAGUAUAUGUUGACAGAAGUAAAUUCAGUCGGUCAUUGAUUUUCAUACACGUACACCUAAGUCAGUAACUCCACAAUUCCUCUACUAUUGCCCCAUCAGAGAAAUUAUAGUUCGGAGUUGACCAGGGUUUUCAACCAUUGUGAAACUGUCCUGUUCAAUAACUGGUCAUUAAUGUGAAUGACGGAUACCCAAUCAGUUAUUGACUUUUAAUGAGAUGUGGGCUUUAGCCAAUGUGGUCACUGACUGGUGAGUGAGGAGGGGGAAAAUGACCCUAUCAAACCUCGGAGGAGGUACAGAAUCAACAAAACUAGAGCUAUGAAGAAUGUGAGGUAUCAGAAAGUUCCAGCAUUCGGGUUAGGUCCCGAUAGAGAUAUUCUCAACUAUGCUUAUGGCUCCGAGACCAACCUAGAGAGAGUGAGGGUCGAGUUUUUCACAAAUGAAAAAUCGUUGAAAGAGCGACUUCAGCUGUACUUCAUAAAGAACCAAAGAUCGAGUCUUCGGAUCCGAAUUUUUAACUUUGCCAUAAAGCUUUUAACAUGUAUCCUGUACAUCGUGAGAGUAAUUUCGGAUUCUGUCCCGACAGAAUGUUCACAGCAGCAGAUUCAAGCUCAAAACACAUCUUCAUGUCAUGUGACUCUUGACCCAGAUGUUUUCAAAGACAAUAAGGUCAUCAAUUGGGAGAACAUAAUCUGGGUAAACAGAUCAUUUGCCCUCUGGAUUGCUCAAGUCACAGUUGCCAUCAUCAGUCUUCUAGAGACAGUUCUGAUACAGUACCUCAGUUAUAAGGGAAACAUCCUGCAGCAGGUCCUGUCUGUAGAAUUUGUGUUGGAGCUUGCAAACACUGUUCCUUUUGUUGUAACGAUAUUUUGGCCACCAUUGAGACAGCUUUUUAUCCCAGUGUUUUUUAAUAUUUGGUUAGCUAAGCAAGCCUUGGAGGAUAUGUUUAAUGAUUUACACCGAGUGAUGAUGAAAUCCCAGUCUGCCUUGUCUCAACAGAUUAUGAUCCUCAUAGCCACCAUUGUAUGUUUAGUCAUUACCAGUAUGUGUGGUGUUCAGCAUCUCCAGCGAGGGGGGAACCGACAAUUUGAUCUGUUUGAAUCCCUGUGGUUUUCCAUGGUAACGUUUUCUACGGUUGGUUACGGUGAUAUUUAUCCUGAUAUCUGGAUCAGCCAGCUGUACAUGUUGACUAUGAUCUUUGCAGCUCUCAUCGUUUUCCCUAGACAACUUGAACACCUUGGUUACACCUGGUUGGAGAGACAGAGACAGGGUGGUGCCUACAGUAACCACCGUGCCCAGACAGAGCGCCACGUGGUGGUGUGUACCACCACACUUCAAUCGGACACGGUGCUGGAUUUCCUAAAUGAAUUUUAUGCUCAUGCCAUUUUACAGGACUACUAUGUAGUUCUGCUAUCUCCCUGUGACCUUGACCCAACAAUGAAGGUACUUCUUCAGGUCCCUAUUUGGGCACAGAGGGUUAUCUACAUUAGGGGAUCUGCUCUCAAGGACUCUGAUCUCACACGAGCGAGGGUACAGGAUGCUGAAGCCUGUUUUAUUCUGGCAGCUAGAAACUAUGUUGACAGGGGGGCAUCUGAUCAACACACCAUUCUAAGAUCAUGGGCUAUCAAGGACUUCGCCCCACAUUGUCCACAAUAUGUGCAAAUCUUCAGACCAGAGAACAAAUUCCAUGUCAAAUUUGCAGAACACGUGGUUUGUGAGGAUGAAUUUAAGUAUGCUUUGCUGGCCAACAACUGUCUCUGUCCAGCUACCUCCACCCUAGUGACUCUUCUCCUCCACACCUCCCGCGGACAAGAAGGCCAGCAGUCGUCUGAGGAGUGGCAGAAGCUGUAUGGGAAAUGCUCAGGAAAUGAAAUCUAUCACAUCAAACUUGGUGAAAGCAAGUUCUUCAAGGAAUAUGAAGGCAAAAGCUUUACAUACGCAUCAUUUCAUGCUCAUAGAAGAUUUGGGGUCAGUUUAGUUGGAGUUCAACAGAACAUAGAAGACUCCACUAUACAACUCAAUCCUGGCCCCCGCCACAUGAUGAAGACAUCCGACAUCUGCUUCUACAUGAACAUCACAAAGGAGGAGAACACCAGGACGUUCAACUUGGCCCACUCUCAGGAGGGGGGACAGAAACUAGACCAACAGAACCUCCCCAUGGGCACUCAGCAGGCCUCCAGGGUGGCAAGCAUGAUUGCUAGUGUGGGUGAAGGUUUUGAUGAUAUGGGUUCAGAUUUUGAUGAUAUGGGUCCAGGAACUGUUGCCCUAGAAUUACAACACACACGAAUAAAUAACUCAGACUCCAACAAGUCUCUGAAUGCCCCGUCCGGGAUAAGACGUCCCACUCAUUUGGAAAUUCCAAAAGGCCUGAACAUCCAGAGUCUACAGAAACGACCCAGUAUUGCCCCAGUCCCUGCAUUCCUAGAGGCCAAUGACAUCCGGAUUCAGCUGAACUCAGAUGUUGAGACAGAUGAGGAGGAGGAAGUUCCUUCCAUGGACUCGGAUGAUGCUGGAUCAGAAUAUGUGAGAGGGUUUCCACCCAUCACUCCAUACAUUGGUACUUCCCCAACACUUUGCCACCUCAUGAGGGAAAAGAGACCUCAAUGUUGUCUUAAGAUUGCCACAGAAUGUGAACACUGCUCCCAUGAGAAUGCCAAGGAAUACCAGUGGCCGAACAGAGCCAUUAUUGUGUGUGCCGACUAUGCCAGCAGUGGACUGUAUAAUUUCAUUGUGCCUCUCCGAUCUCACGCUCGUCCCAAGGGUUCACUCAAUCCCAUUGUCCUGCUACUAGAGAGAGAACCAGAUUCCACGUUCUUAGAGACAAUCUGUCAUUUUCCAUUGGUCUAUUGGAUGAUUGGAUCAAUUGAAUGUGAAGGCAGUCAAAGUAUUGACGAUUUACUACGAGCAGGCAUCAAUCUGGCAGAUAACAUUGUCAUUGUCAACAAGGAAUCGUCAAACUCUGCGGAGGAGGACACACUGGCAGAUUGUAACACCAUUGUAGCUGUCCAGACUAUAUUUAGACUGUUUCCUAGUGCUAACAUCAUCACAGAGCUUUCUCAGACCUCAAACAUGCGAUUCAUGCAGUUCAGGGCCAAUGAUUCAUAUGCUUACACACUUGCCAAACUGGAAAAGAAAGAGAGGACGAGAGGGUCCCAGAUCAGCUACAUGUUUAGGUUGCCGUUUGCUGCCGGUAAUGUGUUCAGUGCCAGUAUGCUGGAUACUCUAUUGUAUCAGGCAUACCUUAAGGACUACGUGAUAACUUUUGUACGACUUUUACUGGGCAUAGACCAGGCUGUUGGUUCUGGGCAUUUAUCUUGUAUGAAAAUUACCAAAGAGGAUCUAUGGAUUCGGACAUAUGGCCGUCUUUAUCAAAAACUUUGCUCAACAACAUGUGAAAUACCGAUUGGUAUUUAUAGAACGACAAUUCAGCCUCGUAGUGCUUCUGCCAACGCCGAGUCCCAUAGCCACGGAAGUACUGCUCCACGAGAUCAGUCUGCUCUGAACCUUGCCUUUAGAAAUUCUGUUAUCAGAAGAAAGCCAAACCCUUCCCAAGCCAAGACUGAAAAAGAUGUGAACCUAAGCAUGGUAGGAAUAGAAGUGGACAAUAACAACCAGAUGACCCCUGAGAGGCAUGAAAUUAGUCAGAUGGUCAAGUGUCGCAUGCAUAGCUUAGGACAACCCAUGACAGAUUAUGAUGAAGUGAAUGACAAGAGAAAUACCAUCUCCUAUGUAAUUGUCAACCCCAGCUAUGACCAGAAAUUGCAGCUAGAUGAUGUCAUCUACCUGAUCAGGCCGAGCUCAUUAUCCCCUCAACCAUCACCUCUUAUUGAUGAGAGAAAAUUCCAUUCCAACCAAAACUUGACAAAACGUGAAGAACCAACAGGGGCAGAUAACUCUGACACAGAAUCAAAGCAUCUCAAAGACAGCUCUAAUGUGCAUUAUGAAGGCCGAUUUGUGAAAGCCAAAAGUUUAUCAACACUGGAACAUAAACAUGACAGUUCUUGUGAUAUGAGGAAAAGCAAGACUUUCUCUCCAGAUGGUCUAUCAAUAAUUCCAGACAAGGCCAGGGAAAGUAGUGAUAAUGACUGGGAGUCUGAUUCCUGCCAUUCUGUAGAGGACAUCGACGAACAGCCCAGAUUUCACCUUGGCAACAAAGUAACGGAGGACAAUUCAACCAAUAAGUCUACAGGAUUAAGUGGAACCGUUGUUUGAUUGGUUUACAUAGUGAAUGUAACAGCCAGUCAAUUGUGAUGUGUUAACAACAGGAGUAAAAGCUAGGUCCUAUCAUUCAAAACUGGUUACUGGAAUGAUAGUAAACCAAAAAGGUUUAAAUACAGCUGUUGUUUGAUUUGAUAAGUGAACAUGGUUGGAGUUUCUCUCCAGAUAAAAUGUUUGACAGGGAUAAGUGCUGUUGCUGUGUUCAAUAGUGUGAGCAUAUGAUAUUUAAAAAACAAACCUUUCUGGAGACAUUGAAACUGGUUUUCUUCUCAGUUCAUUCCAAAAGGACAUAAUUUUUUUAAAUAGUGUCACGAGAAGUAAGGCAGGACAGUAGAAGGUGUGCAAUGAGGACAAAAUCAAAAUUUUGUGACUUUUUUGUUACAACUUGUAAGAGUAUUGAAUUGUACACAUAUAUGUACAAUGCAUGUAAUUAUUAUUUUAUUUUGCAUUUAAAAGUAUUUUUAGUUUGACCGAACACUGAUGAAUGUGAAUUUGGACAGCAUUAGACAACAAGUGUCCCUUGGUCCUAGAUAUUCUCUCUCAGUUUUAACAGGGAGGUUUGUUUAUGGACAGGGAGAAAGACAGUGAUAAUUUUCUUUUAUUAGUACAAGUUUGGUAUGAAUUAUAUCCAUCUCCAUGUUUAAGACUGAAUUUUAUUUCUCUGAAUCAUCAAAGAUCAAGGAAUGUGUACUUGUAGCAAAACACUGUAUUUUAUAAUAUAUCACAUUAUUAGUUUUAAAAUCAGUGUUAUGUUGAUUUACGAAAUCAGUGUUACAUUUAUGUCUUUCAGUACUUGUGAUAUAUCAGUUCACUUUAAGUAUUAUUAGUACAUAUGUUUGUUUUGUAUGCUUCCAUUAAUGAAAACCACAAGAUGUGAUUUAUUUUAUUCGUCUUAUCUUGAUUCAGGGUCCCCUUCCCCGGAUAUUAUAUGUGGACUGUAAGAUACCAAAGUUUUAAGUGUAUCUACUUUGUUCAUUGAAUACUUCAAGGUAUUGCAUUAUUCAUUAAGAUAAUGGAUCUUAGGUAAAAAAAAAAGUUAUUUCUAAAUGUUGAAAUGAAACGAUUUUACCUCUUGGGUUGUACUUUUUUCUUAACAGACUUGAGGUUAUUCUUGACGUCUGCUGUCGGUCUCUGUAUAGUACAUUUACACAUUGAGUACAAGUGUGAUCAUCAAUUUAAUGUACAAGUACUCUAUGUUUGUGUAUUUCUAAACUUUUUAUUUGCAUGUACAGUGUAUCCGUACUUUUUGCCUCAUUGUUUAUUAUGGAUACAAGAGUUUUUUGAUAAAUGCUAUAUCUAGUCAUUUUUUGAUGUGUUUUUAUACUUUUGCACUUGGAUUGAAUGUAGUGCUUUGGAUUUCUCAAUACAUUUUGAGAAGAUAGUCUGUGUUUUCUUUAUGAAGCAAAAUGACACUUAAAGAUAACUUUUUUGUCUGUCUGUUUGUUUAUUACUUUCUAACCUUUAAAUCUUGAGUGGGAGGUUGAUAUUUAGAAUGGAAUGUGUAUUAUGUAAAAGCCUUAGGUAGCCACCACCUCACAAAGCUGUAGUCUAUUUCAAUCAUACCCUCUCUAAAAAUUUCUGGACAUGAGCCUGCUUCGUGAUCUUGACCUUUGAUCUACAUGUAAUUUUUUUUUUAAAUUGAUACUGGAAAUAAUUCUGUUACAGAUCAUACUUUGAUAUCUAUGUGCCUUCAUUGUGCAGUUUUUGUCCAUUCAAGUUUGGGGUGCUGAAUUAGAUGUUCAUCUUGUAUACUUUAAUAACUGGUUUCCAGCUUUUCAGAAAUUCUGUACAGUACCUAACACCCUCCCGAGUACCCCAUUGUGUCUUUGUGAUAUAUUUAGUAUUGCAUAUGUAGGUGACACAUGGUCUCUGGUUUCAUCAAAUGCUUAAUAUUUACAUAAAUAUACCGUACUGACAACAAAGUAAUGUAAGUUUACACAACUUCCAGUUCUCACUGAACAUCCUUACUGCCAAACCAUAACAACAGUUUACAGCUGAAGCCAGGUGUAACAAUUGUAAACUGCAGACUGUACAAUAAUGGCUCAGUUAUUUUACACAUGUUAAUUUUUUGAAUUGUGUCCCACACAUUUUAUCUAUAUGUGUAAACGAUUUACUCGGCGUUUUUGUGGAAUGUUACAGUUUCAUUUUGAAUUUUGCGAUUAGAUUUUAUGUUGUAUACACUUUACAUGUAAUUUUGUUGUGUGGAUGUGGACAUUUUAUUUUUACCGUGAUCACUCAGUACACCUUUCUUUAUCUUUCUCUUUAUGUAUACUUGUUAUUUGUUGACUAUAUUCUAUUGAUCUUCAUCAAUUAUUUUUACAAGGUCUGUAUAUAUAAUUAUUUUUACCUGAGAUUUGUUGGAUUUACAGAGCAUAACUUGUUUGAGAACUAUUUAUUGAUCAGAAAUAAAUUCUGCAUCCUA